UCUACCUGGAGCUGCACUACAGCGUGCUGGCGUGCGACAGCCUCCCCCCGCGGCGCGCCCCACACCGGCACCGCCGCGCCCCGCCGCGCCCCGCCGAUGGACCUGCCGCCGGCCCCGGCGACCGGGAUGCGCGGAGGGAUGCUCCCGGCGAUGGAGAUGCUCGUGGGAAUGGCCCUGGGGACCAGGAUGCUCUUGGGAAUGGCCCUAGCAACCAGCCUAGCGACCAGGAUGCUCUUGGCAAUGCGCCUGGCAACCGGCGUGGCCUUGGCGACGGCCCCGGCAACCAAACCGGCAAUGGAGCGGGGUACCGGGGUGCUCCACGGGAUGCUCUUGGCAACGGCCACGGCAACAGGGAUGCUGCUGGUGAGCACGAGGCGCCCAAUGGGCACCCCGGCAACAGGCCUGGGCACCACCAGGCUCCUGGCAAUGGUGCUGGUGACCGGGAGGCACCGGGCAACCACCCCAGCAACCAGGAUGCUCUUGGCAACGACCCUGGCAACCGUCAUGGACUUGGAAACCGUGAUGCUCUUCACGUCGGACAUGGCACCCAUGAGGCCCGUAGCACCCAUGAUGUCCUUGGCAACCACGAGGCCUGUAGCACCCAUGAUGUCCUUGGCAACCACCAUGCCCAUAGCAAUGCCGCUGGGUACCACAGUCGCCAUGCCAACCAUGAUGCCCAUAGCAAUGGAUACCAUGAUGCUGUUAGCAACGAUGAUGCCCAUAGCAACGCUUCUGGGUACCAUGGUCGCCAUGACAACCACGAUGCCCAUAGCAAUGGAUACCAUGAUGCUGUUAGCAACAGUGAUGCCCAUAUUAAUGCUUCUGGGUACCGCGGUCCCCAUGACAACCACCAUGCCCAUAGCAACGCUUCUGGGUACCACGGUCGCCAUGUCAACCACUAUGCCCAUGGCAACGGAUACCAUGAUGCUGUUAGCAAUGAUGAUGCCCAUAGCAACGCUUCUGCGUCCCCCAGUCGCCAUGCCAACCACGAUGCCCAUAGCAACGCUUCUGGUACCACAGUCACCAUGCCAACCACCAUGCCCAUAGCAACGCUUCUGGGUACCACGGUCGCCAUGCCAACCACAAUGCCCAUAGCAACGCUCCUGGGUACCACAGUCGCCAUGCCAACCACAAUGCCCAUAGCAACGCUUCUGGGUACCACGGUCGCCAUGCCAACCACAAUGCACAUAGCAACGGAUACCCUGAUGCUGUUAGCAACGAUGAUGCCCAUAGCAACACUUCUGGGUACCCCGGUUGCCAUGCCAACCACGAUGCCCAUAGCAACGCUUCUGGGUACCACAGUCGCC